AUGUCGUCUUCGACGAUGCUAUCCCCAUCUGCUGCCACGAGAUCACGAACCGAUUCCGCAUCCACAGGCGUUGCUAUACCUACCAGCUCAGCAGAACAUCAGGAUCAGCUUGCACAGACACUGGACAAGAUACACAACUCGGCGAACCAGCGCGAUGUUCUAACAACGUUCAAUGAACUUCACCCGCCCCUCGACGCGAGCACGUCCCCAGACAAUAAGGGCUUUGGAGGAGACUUGGUGCAGAGCGGCUUCAGCGGACUCUAUUCAAGGUUCAAAGAAGCUGUUGGCGUUUCCGGAAAGGACAAGCUGCCUGUUCCAGAUGAUGGCGAUGCAGAUACCGCUUCCAGGAAGAGCUCUGGCGCAACUGCAAGUACAUCCAAGGCGCCCUCGCGCAUUGAUACUGGCCUGACAAUCUCCACCAUCGCUUCUCGAUCUACUGAGUCUAUGCGCCCUCCGUCGGGAGGCUUGUCUGGAGAGGGUGAGCUACAGCAUCAGUUGGCCAAGGCAUUGGGCACGGGUACGGUGAGCAGUACUAAAUCUGCAUCUUCAAGCCGCCAGAGCAUAUCCAAUCUGAGUAAAUCGGCAGCCGUGGUUGCGCCUGUGAAUGUAAGCGCAUUCAAAGAUGCCACCCGUAGCGCCUCUGGCCGAGUUGAUGAGGCGUCCAUCCGGACACAAGACUCGAGGAACAGUAUGCGUACCAACGACAGUCUGGUGGCAUUACCUACACUAGAUAUCCCUGGUCGGUACGAUGGGUCCGAAUCAAGGAGUGCGGCGUCCCUGGAGAAGAUUGUCAUUCCUGGUCGCCAGAGGAGAGAGGAACUGGCAAGUGCUGAUGCCAAGAUGGAGUCGCCUGUCAGUCCAGCCAAGAGCACACGAUCAUCUGCCACGACCUCUACACAGCAGCACCAUGUCGAGGAUGCAGCACUCCUUUCACCUACCACUCGAUCCAGCGUGCGUGACGUGGCGAAGCGCCCGGCCAUCAUUGACCGCAUCAGCGGCUCGCGGAUCCGUGGUUCGCAUUCGAGAUCCUCGUCCGUCUCCCAAACCACCGCCGAGGCGAGCAACAUUAUUUCUUCUGCUCAUCAAAAGGUUCACCAUGACACAUGGGCCCGUGAUGACAAGCCGCAUCGCAUGAGCAGUGGCGCAGCCCGCAUACCCGGAACGACUACAGAUGAAGGGGCGCCGGAAGUAGUAAACGCCACCCUGGAGCACAUGCGGAAACAAGUACUCAGUAAGGAUUUCUGGAUGGCCGACGAGGCUUGCAAGGAAUGUUUUCACUGCGGUGCGCCUUUCUCAGCCUUCCGUCGGAAACACCAUUGUCGCACAUGCGGAUGCAUAUUCGACAGUAGAUGCACAACCAUUAUCCCAGGGCAGAAGUUCGGUGUGCCAGGGACAUUACGAGUGUGUAAGCGCUGCCUGCAUAUUAUCAGCCAAAGGCAGCAGGACGGGAACGUCUCGGAAGACUCUGCUGAUGACUCUUACCUUCCGCACCUCUUUCGCCCUAACCAGAAGUCUGUAACCCUACAACUUCCAAAAUCAGACAAGGAUGAAACCGGCAUCGUUGAGAGAACUGAGAACAUUGAGGAUGACUCAAGGUUACGUACCACGCCUAUGAUGGCCAUCCCAGCAACGCGCAGGAUCGGGGAAUUUUCUAACCGCAAUUCUGCCGUCUUGGAGUUUGAUGCACCACAAUUGAGUAGGCCUAGCUCUUCGAGGUCAUUGAAGUCACUCGCUGCAAGACCUCAAUCGUCUAGUCACAAACGACAUCAUUCCAAGCACAAUUUCCUCAGCCGCUUUAUGCCGCAAACAGCGACGGAUGAUCGCGCUCCCUUUCGCCGAUCUGCCAAUGAAGAGGCAGCUAGGAAGACGGGCCUUCCGGCGUUCCAUGAUGAUAACGUAAUUGACCCUGACCUUGCAGCUUUCAUGUCAGAUGAGUCAAGUGGCGAGGAACAGACCAGUAUCUCACAGGUCAUGGCUAGUGGUGACCCAAGUCUAUCCACUCUGGACAGUGACAAGUCUGGACUUGGCCCUUACUUCGGAGCCGGGAAGAGAAAUCGGCUCAGGGUGCAGCCCGAAAAAAGUGUCAGUGGAUUCAGCUUCAUUGAAACCGGAGGCCCAAGCAUGCAUGUAAGGUCCUCGCGCAGACGGAAUGCCAGCAUUGCCAGUGCAAGUGUCUAUCAUCUUCGGUCACCUCGUCCUAGAAGUGCGCAUUUGCGAGGCCCCGCUGGGUCAACUGAUACGCUGCCAAAUUACGAAAGCAUGACUCCCGGGAUUUCGCCCAGGCUUACCAGGAGCUCUUCCAUGAAAGGAGACAAAGAGCCUCGCGUUGAGCUGAACCCAGCAAGUUUGCUGCACGUGCGACGCUUGCUACGACAACUGUUGCAAGACUCGGAGGUACCAAAUGUUCCAGCUUGGGAAAAGGCGCUCAUUCCCAUUUUGCUCAAAUGCACAACAUCUGUGGAUCCAGAUGUUGAGAGAGGCGACAGCAUCGACAUUCGGCACUAUGUCAAGUUAAAGAAAAUUCCGGGUGGAAGGCCGGGUGAUACUAGUUAUGUUUCUGGCGUCAUCUUUACAAAGAAAUUGGCCUUGAAGAGCAUGCCGAGGCGCCUUGCAAACCCGCGCGUAGUCAUCGUCUCAUUCCCGAUAGAGUAUCGGCGUCAUCAACAGCACUUUAUGAGUCUGCAACCUGCCAUUGACGAGGAAAAGGAAUUUCUCAAAGUCAUCGUCAGCCGAAUCAUCAACUUGCGGCCUCAACUGAUUCUAGCAGAAAAGUCCGUUUCAGGAUUGGCACUGCAAUAUUUGUCGGAGCACAAUGUCGCCGUUGCCUACAACGUCAAACCGUCGGUAAUAUACGCUGUGUCACGUUGUCUAGAAACGCCAAUCAUAUCCUCAAUAGACAUGUUGAGUCUCCCCGUCGAACGCUUUCAGAUCGGCAGGAGCGUUGGUUUCGAAGUCAAGACAUAUGUCAAUGAAGACAUUCCGGGCAAGAAGAAAACAUACAUGUUUCUUUCUGGAAGCAAUGAGCAGCUCGGCUGUACUAUAGCCCUCAGAGGUGCACCGGCAUCAACGUUGAGGAAGAUCAAGCAGAUUACAGAUUUCAUGAUCUAUGUUGUCUAUAAUCUCAAGCUAGAGUCUUGCUUGAUGCAAGAUUCUUGCCUUCAGCUCCCGACUAGUGAAGAGCUGCCGAGUCAGACUUCUGAUGACAGCAAGUGGACGCUCAACACUCUCACUUCAACCCUCGACGAUGCCAGACAAAGAAGCAUGUCUUCCAUGACCUAUGAUGAGCCCCCAUCGCAAAGCUCAGUAGAGAGCAGCAAGGAGCUCGAACGACCCACGGACUCGGUCGACGCAAUAGCGCAAGCAAAUGAGCAAAUCAACAGACUGAUUUCUCUGCAUGAAAACCAUGAGCGGGCUUCAAAUGACAGCUUGGUGCCAGAUGAUGCUCCGAUGCCAACAUACUACAGUGAUAUGGUGGCUAAAUACCAGACUAGGAUUCUGUCCGCUUCUCCCUUCGUCAAGUUUGCCCAGCCUUACCUCCUGAUGAGAGCUCGGGAGCAAGAACGGCGACUUGUGCAUUUGAAGAAAUUGAGAGAUCAAGACAUCGUGGAGGAGCGCAGUGAAGGAGACAAGACAAAGCCUCAAAAGUUCCAGCUGAUCAAACCCCACAUGGUGCAUCAAACUGGCCAGAAAGCACCUCGUGCCAUCAUGGAAGUGCUUCAUGCCGUGCAUGAUGUCGAGUAUGACAAAGCGCUCUACUACUACCGCACCCAAACUCGACAGUGGGAAAACCACAUCAAGGCAAAUCUCGAUCUUUUUGAGCCUUCGGCACACCAAAAUAUCGUCGUGCUCUACUCUGUUGUUUGUACACAUAACAAAGUGCCUUGCAUUGAACCAGGUCUUGUCGCCAUUCAAUUUUACGAUGAGCACGUGGAGAACAACGAGCGUAUGGACGCGGACUGCACUCUGGGCCAAUAUAUUGAGGACGUUUGUUUCAGUGCCGAUGCAAGUUGCACAGGAACCUCAUGCGACCGCAAGAUGCUUGAUCAUAAUCGAACAUAUGUCCACGGCGAAGCUCGACUGACUGUUUUCGUUGAGCUAGACAAGAAGGGCAAGUUCCGAGAAAACAUCACAAUGUGGAGCUACUGCAAGGUCUGCAAACGUGAGACUGCCGAAAUGGAAAUGUCCAAGGGCGCAUGGAAAUACUCGUUCGGCAAGUAUCUUGAGCUUUCGUUCUGGAGCAGAGGCACACACCUGGUCAACGACCAGGACGGCAGUGCCUGGAAUUGCCCCCAUGAUCACCACCGUGACCAUAUCCGCUAUUUCGGACUGCACAACAAGGAAAUCCGGGUGCAUUAUGAUCCAAUCGAUCUGCUAGAGGUCAUUGCUCCCAGAGCACGCAUUACCUGGAAAGUUGAGCACGAUCUCAACUUGAAGAAUGAGAUAUUCACCUCCACUCAAGAUCGGUGGACACGGUUCACUUCUUCGAUCAAGGCAAGAAUCAAGGCAAUCAAGCUCGAUAAUAUUGCUCCCGAGAAGGCGGAGGCUUGCAAGAUGGAGGUGGAGCGGCUGAACAAAAAGGUUCAAGACGAUCACGUUUUCAUCAUCCGCCGCCUGCAGGAGGCAUAUAUGAACUCCAAGUAUUAUGAGGUCAUACCUCUAAGCGCAGUCCUGCGAGGCGAGAUGAUCGAAAAGGUUGCAGAUUGGGAUGCUGCGUUUGCCAAAUUCGAGGUGGACUUUCUACCCACAGAGAAGGAUCUCCGGAGGCUGACGAUGCUUCAAUUGCGCAAGAUGUUCACGGAUGAGUCAAAAGAAUCUCUCGUCAGCAAUGAGUCGCCCGCUGAGACACCAGACAUAACAGAAAAGCCUCCUCACAGCACUGAACCAGAGGAUGUCUUCAAUCCGCCUGAAGAAGCCGCAGAGCAAGACAACUCCCACGCUUUACCAGAGGCCGGGGCCGAGGCCGAGGCCACUCAUGAAAGUGACGCACAAACCACACCUGUCCUACCCCCUGAAGCCGUUCUCGAAAGAGUAGAACCUUUGGAUCUGGCUGCGACGCCGACGACUCCAGGUCAAGAGAUUUUUGAUGCUAGUCUUCCGCCAUCAGCUGAUGAUACGACCCCAAGAGCAGCGACGGCAUCAUCCCAGGCAGAUGUGGCAUCGCUCGAUAGCACUGAAACUGCUGCUGCCAAUUCACCUGUACCGACAGGACCACCGACUUCAGUAUCUGAGCAGGUUGAGCAACUUCGUCGCCGCCAACAAGCGGUCGUUCUUGAAGAGGCGCGAGAGGCAGUUGCAGCUGCGAGCGAGUUAUCCCAGAAACCGCCCGAGAUGCCGAAGAUUUCAGGUGGGACUCUGCCGUCCCGUAAGAUGGGAUUGCAGGUAUCGCCGCCCAUUGUUCGCGCCCUAUCGCAACCAGCCAACAGUAUGCCAACUCUGCCACGGUCGCACUCUGCAAUAGGCAAGAAGUUCUUCAGCCUUGGUAAGGACAAGGAUAAAACACCAACUGCUGAGCAUCCUCCCAGCGCGGAAAUUCGCAAAAUUCCCACGAAUGAGUCGCUCAAGAGUGACAAGAAGAUCUUUAGCCUUAGAUCACGGAAUGGAGGUAAAUCCUCCAUUCCUCGGUUUGUAGGAAGGAAGAAGGACUCCAGGGUGUCGACUCUUGCUCGUCACUUUGAGCAGCUCAGCCGUGAAUUCGAAAAAGAGCGGAAGAAGAACGAGAAACAGCACGCGGCUAAGAUGUCACAUGCACGGGCAUUCCUCCAAAGAUCCACAACCAAAGCCAUUGUGGAAGUGUACGAAGAUCCUGAUGAAGCAGUCCAAGAGCCAGGACAGGGUAUAGACGAAGCUCUUCUGGACCGGGAUACUAGUCAAGUUCGGCAAAGACAAGACGUUGAUACAGAUGUUGACACUGGUAUUGAUACCAAUAUUGAUGACGCCGAUGCCACGCCGAUUGCUCAGCCGAGUGUUGCAGAUCCUUUGUCGGAAGAUUCACAUGCGCCGUUCGAGGAUGAGCGCCCGAAUGAUGACACAGCAACUGAAGCAGAGACAGACGACCAUGCACCAAAUACAAGCCAGCUGCCGACUGACGAUGAGCAAGGAGAUAGUGAUACGGAACAAUCACUUCUAGAAGGUACAACUUUGGAAGAGAUUGCAGAUUCACUUGACUCGAGUACCGAUAUACCGCUUGAGCUGCCCAAGCAAGACAAAAUGAACUUCAUGAAGAUACUUACCAACUUCUGGGCCGAGCGGUCUGCAAGCGACUGGCCUGCUCUAGAAUACCCCAUCAGUGCUACGGACCACCUCUUCGACCACUCCGAUAUCAUCGUGCGAGAAGACGAACCUAGUUCAUUGAUCGCAUUCACACUGGAUUGCGAGGAAUAUCGUGAAAAGGCUCGGAGGUUCCAUGGCCGCAUAGAGCAAGACAGCUUCGACAGCGGAACCGACACUGAGGAGCCUAUCACACCAGGCGCCAUCCUAAGCUCCGACUCGCACUUGGCAAGUGAAGCAGGCCUCGAAGCUAGCAUGCGACGGGUUGGGGGCAGACAUUUAAAAUUCCAGUUCAAUGAAGGAUCUGCCAAGAUGCUGGUGAAAAUCUUCUAUGCUGAGCAGUUUGAUGCUUUGCGGAUAAAAUGCGGUGCUGCUCACAGAAUCGUCGAGUCACUGUCACGCUGCUUGAAGGUUGAUACCCGGGGUGGUAAGACCAAAUCUGUCUUUCUCAAGACGCAGGAUGACCGACUCAUACUGAAGUCGCUUCAACCGAUUGAAACCUCGGCCUUUUUGAAGUUUGCGCCCGUCUAUUUUGAGUACAUGGCCGAAGCAUUGUUCCGCGAUCUUCCUUCCGUUAUAGCAAAGAUGUUGGGAUUUUUCCAGGUCAUUAUCAAGAACCCUCUGACGAAUACGGAGAUCAAGUUCGAUUUCCUGCUCAUGGAAAACUUAUUCUACGAUCGUGGCCCGGCAAAGAUGUUCGACUUGAAGGGAUCGAUGCGCAAUCGCAAGAUCCAGUCUACGGGCGAGCAGAAUGAGGUACUCCUCGACGAGAAUAUGGUCGAGUUCAUUUACGAGUCACCAUUGUUUGCGCGGGAGCACUCGACCAAGCUUCUGCGGGCGUCGGUUCGGAACGACACGCUCUUCCUUGCGCGACAAAAUGUUAUGGACUACUCCCUUAUGAUAGCUGUAGACGAAGCCAAGAAGGAGCUGGUUGUCGGGAUUAUUGACUGCAUCCGAACCUACACUUGGGACAAGACGCUCGAGAGCUGGAUCAAGGGACGUGGUUUUGCAGGUGGUGGUCGCAACAGACCUACAGUCACCAGUCCCCGCGAGUACAAGUCUCGCUUCAGAGAAGCCAUGGCUAGAUAUAUCCUGGAAGCCCCUAACUGCUGGCACCAACUCCAGGCGCCUCUGACACAUAAGCCACAGGCUUAUAUCCAUGCUGUUGGCGACGAGGGCGUCGAGGAACUUGGCCAGGACUGA